AGCGUUUCCGGGUGAACGGGAGCUCCUUCCGGCCGUCCGAAUCGGAUGCCUUCCGAACAGCCAUGGACGCCUUUUCCUCGACGCCGAGGCACUCGAAAGAGUUCAGUCGGCUGUCGGCGAUGACUUCCCACCAAGUGGGCCAGUACAUGGCGGCCUGUGGCUUUGCGGACUACGAGCACAUCUUCAAGGAGCACAACAUCAGCGGGGACAGACUCCUGCAGCUCACCAACGAAGAUCUCCGCGAGAUCGGGUUCUCCAAGGUGGGGGACCGCCUGGUGAUGCAGCAGGAGAUCGCCGGGCUGCGCGCCGGGCGCCGCACCGCCUGGCGCGGGGAGUCCUUCGAGGAGAAGGUGCAGGCGGAAAAGCGGUGCAAGCUUUGGCAGGAGGAGGCGCGGGUCAAGGAGCCCCUCGCAGAGAAGUCGGAGCUGAAGUCGGAAGAGGCGAAGUACAAGCGAAAGAUCCAGAAGCUCAAACAGCGAUGGGCGGAGGAUCUGCGGAGCGUCCGCGGCAGGCUGUGCCGAGCCAUGACGGUGGCAUGUGCACGCGAGGAUGGUUGCAUGGGCCACGCGGUGCUUAAGGCUUGGCAGCGUCACGUGGCGGAGGCCCAUGCCGCGCGCGCCGCCCGGCAAGAGGCCGCGCUGGCGGCGGCCCAGGCGGCGGCCAACGCGGCGGCGGCGCAGCAGGCGGCGCCAGUGGCGAACGAUGGUGCCACGGAGGCGCUCCUGGCGCUUCUUUCCGCCAGCUGCGGGCGCUCGGCGCAGCUGGCGGCGCUGCGCGCUUGGCACUUCGCGGCGCGCCAGGCGCGCCACGCGGCGGCGCACGAGGCGGAGCUGCGCAGCCAGGAGGAGAAGGCCACCCAGCGCAGCACCGCGGCCUUGGCGCAGCUCCGGAACCAGCUGCGGGCGCUGAGGUGCCAGGGCACCCGUGUCGCCAAGCGCAACGCACAGCACCGGGCCCUCGUUGCACUCUUCGCGCCUUUCAGCGUCUGGCUGCAGCAGACACGGGAGGCAAGACACGCGGCUCGGCUCCGGGCAGAGCUUGAAAAGGCGAGCAUGCAUUCGGUGGCCGCGCUACGGUCCUCGCGGGCAGAGGUGCAGGCCUUCCGCGCCGUUGGGCGCCGCAGCGCCUGCGCUGCGGCGAGCCGGCGCGCGCUGCUCUGCUUGUCACCCCUGGUGUCUGCCUGGAGCCGCCAGGCGAAAGCCUCGCUGAGCACUCGGCGCUUGCGGCCCGGGGAGGUCUUGCUCAACUCGGGCGAGGCCGCCAAGCGCGCCCAGCAGCAGCUGCAGCAGCUGCGGGCGCAGCACGCGGAGCAGCUGGAGGCGCUGGAGCGGAGCUGCACGGAGCUCCGGGCCGAGGCGUCCCAGGCUCGGAUGGCCGCCGCCGCGGCGGCACGCCGAGAGGCCCGGGUGGAGAACAUUGCACGGAGGCAUGAGAACGCGGCCAGACGCGGGGAGGAGCUGGCUGCACUGCUGGCCUGCACUAAGGCCUGGAUGGGCGAGGUGCUCCUUGCUCGCUCCACCGCCGCCCUGCGGAAAGAGGCGGAGGCCCGGGUGGCCGAGAGCCUGGCGCGGCAGCGCCUGGAGAGCCGUGGCGCCUUGCACCAGGCCUGGAGCGAGGCGGCGGAGAAGGCGCGUCAGGCCGCGCAGCUGGAGAGGCAGCUUCAGCACCUGAAGGAAGAGAUCCAGGGUGAAGUUGUGAGGCCGGAGUUCGACGGGUCGCGGCCAACCACCGCGCUGGGCAUAGAGGCGCACCACGACGGCCGGUUCAACGAGCGGCUCCGGCGCGCGGACGAGGCGAAGGCGAGGCUGACGGCGACCUCGUGGCCGAGGAGCUCGGAGGUGGAGGAGGACAUCUCGAUGCCUUCACAUCCUCCCCGGCACAUGGGCGACGCGGAAGUUCUGCAGCUGGAUGAGGUGCUGACGGCGGAAGCGGCGGUGCAGGCCGAUCGAAGCGACCCCAUCGACGCCGAAGCGCCGGAGCGAUGGCGGGAUGAGGUGGUCGCAGCGCGGGAGGGCCGGAAGGGCCUUUUCAUCGCGGCCUUGAACGAGCAGGCCAAGUACUGGCGUGCCCAAGCCUGGCACGCCUGGCGCCGCGUGCUCUUGCAGGAGCGCUGCAAGCGUCUGGACAGUCUUUUGGACCGGAAGAAGGCCACUACUCCACGCUCUGCCCGCGGGAAGGGAUGAGAUGUGCCAAAUCGAGCGAGCUCCGUAAAACGGCCGCGGGCUGUUUAGAACGACUUCCAUAUGGGUGUGGCU